UAGUUCGCAGUAUCAUUCGCUUUACGAGGCUUAAAUGAGUAGUGAAUAACACUAGCAGUUUUUAUGUGUUGUGUACAGUUCAGAAAUUUGUAAAAGUGAUAAUCAAAGAGUAACGAAAAGAGAGAGAAAGUUUUAGAGAUAACAAAAAUACGAGCUGAAUUUCCUGAAUUUGAUAGUUAUAUGACGGUUACACAAAGUUACGCAAAGACCAUCACGAGAUCAAAUAGUGACAAAUAGUUCAUCAAAUAGUUCAUUAACACGCAAAAAAACGCGAGAUAUUUACUAAAUAAGCAUGAAGAUUCUACUAUCAGUUCUUCUCGUGAUCUUGAUCUGCACUCAAAUAAUUGGUGGCUAUCGGAUCCUCGGUGUUGCUCCACUCCAAUCCAAAAGCCAUUGGAUCCUGAUGGAGGCGCUGAUGAAAAACUUGGCGAUACGUGGUCAUCAAGUAGACGUGAUCACACAAUUUUCACUGAAGAAACCAAUACCUAAUUAUACGGAAAUUAACAUAGGCGGCAUCGUUCCAGAACUUACGAAUAAUCUUAACGCGACGGGACUCGAAGAUUAUACCAGUCUCACCACGAUUCCCAGGACACUUUCUUUGCUGGGAUCGAAGACUUGCGAGUUAUUAGGUCAUCCAAAACUACAAGAGUUGAUCAAGAAUUCGCAGCAGAAUCCUCCAUAUGAUGUCAUUGUCGUUUCGUUGUUCCUGUCACCGUGCUAUCUGGCUUUUGGCCGUUACUUCAAAGUCCCAAUGAUCGGCCUGGUGACCACCAGUUUCUACGAUUGGCUCAACCACUUGUCCGGUAACCAGGCAAAUCCCGCGUACAUCCCGAGUUACUUCUCGACAUUCGAGCAACGCAUGAAUUUCAGAGAACGUCUGACGAAUUUCUUGCUGACGAACAUGUACACCAUGCAAAUGAGUUAUUACAGCGAUGCUCAGGUGCAACACGUGAAGACGCAUUUCGGUAUGGACGUGCCAUCCAUGGAUGAUUUACACUCAGAUAUAGCAUUGUAUCUAGUUAACUCUCAUCACUCGUUGAAUGAAAUCAGGCCGAUGAAUCCCGGUAUAAUCGAAGUCAGCGGUUUGCACCUCAAGGACGACGACGACCCUCUGCCACUAGAAAUGCAAAAAUGGUUGGACGAGAGCACACAUGGUUGCAUCUACUUUACAUUCGGUUCCAUGGUGAGGAUCGAGACCUUCCCUGAAGAACUGAUGAAGCAGAUCUACGCAUCCUUCGAGAAGAUCGCGCCGGUUCGCGUGCUGAUGAAGGUCGCGAAGAAAGAAGACCUGCUACCAGGAUUACCGGAGAACGUCAUGACGAAUCCUUGGUUUCCCCAGAUUUCCAUUCUCAAACAUAAAAAUAUACGAGCUUUCAUUACGCACGGCGGGCUCAUGGGAACAAUGGAAGCGGUCUAUCAUGGGGUUCCUCUGAUCGGCAUUUCUCUGUUCAGUGAUCAGCACCGCAACAUGAAAAAUUUCGUCAACAAAAAGGUGGCGAUCUCAUUGCAGUCGAUAAACGAUAUUACCGAGGAGAGAUUAUCCUCGGCAUUAAAUAAAAUCUUGAAGGACCCCUCCUAUCGCAACAACAUGCAGAGACUGCAGAAAUUGUUUCUCGAUCGACCAAUGAGUCCCUUGAACACGUCCAUAUAUUGGGUUGAAUACGUCGCAAAAUAUGGAAAUGUGCUUCAAUCACCAGCUCUUCAGCUGUAUUGGUGGCAACGGAACCUACUGGACGUUUACGCCUUCAUAUUCGUCGUAAUUGCCACGGUGCUGUACAUCACGCUGUACAGUCUCCGAAAAUUGAAAAAUUUCUUAUUCGGAUCGCGUGCAAGUAAGAACAGCGCAGCGGCUAGAUCAAAAAAGGAUAAGUGAAAAGAGGAGGAAAACUUUAUAAACUAUAUCAAGAUUAUUUUUUUACCAAAAAUUUAGAUACUUUUGUUAAUAAAAUUUUUUGUUAAUAAACAGUUUGUUUCUACCACGAUGUAUGAAAUAUAAUCUCGCGAGAUAUAGAAACAUAAAUAUAUUAUUAACAGUGUUACCGCAUCUAGUAUAGCGUGCAAGAUCAGCCUUUGCAUAAUUCAAGAUAUUAUACACAAUACGAUGUCAUGGUCGAGUAUAUCGCUUCAUAUGUUAAGACCAAUCUGUACAGUUUAUUUCUGCAGAGUCUCAAAAUGAAAAAAUAAGUGAUUUAACCAUGGAAGAUUUUGAAACAAUAUUGAAGCACAAUUCACGGUGCAAGGUAUCUCGUCGAUGACAAUCUUUCGUGAAUUGAAAA